AUGGACAAGUUCAAGCGGUUGGUGUCGAGUGUGACAGUGCCUCUGUACUUCCUCACUGCCACGCUGCCACCGUCCAUGGUGGCCUCCUUCAAGGAGUCCCUGAUGCUCCCACAAGACGGUGCAGGACUGAUCCGGGCCGCCACGAACCGCAAGAACAUCUCUUACUUGGUGAAGCAGGUGGCAUCAACAGCACAACUGCCAUUCUGCCUCCAGGGUUUGCUGCGUGCUCAUCCCUGCGGUCCCGUGAUGGUGUUUUGCAAGUCAAAAAGCAAUGCAGAGAUGCUGGAUGGCGACCUUGGCUGCCCCUUUGUGACUUCCCAGAUUGAAGCCGAGAGCAAGAUGGCCACGCUCCUUGCUUGGCUUGCGUGUGCCGCCUCCGAGACCAGAGACAGCACACGCAUCAUGGUUGGCACUUCUGCCAUUGGAACUGGCAUCAAUCCGCCUUAUGUCCAGCUUGUGGUUCACUAUGGGGGCGCCUCGGACUUGGUCAGUUAUGUCCAAGAGUCUGGCCGGGCAGGUCGAAGCGGUGAUCCAACCUCUGCAGUGCUGCUGGCAACACAGCGUAAGCAGGAGGACACGAUUCAGGAGUACAUCCAUGAGCAGCGGUGCCGGCGGUUGGUCCUUUCCAUGUAUCUGGAUGGCAUGCCGGUGACAUGCCUCAGCCAGCCAGAUCUGGCACUUUGUGAUCUCUGCAAGUCUGGAGUUGCUGCUCCAUCCACCCCGCCUCCGUAG